AGGUGCUCGGGGCACGUCCACCCUCGGCUGGUCGCGCUCUAGCGCAGAACCGCUUAAUAUUUAUAUCACAUCAUAUCAUAUACAUAUAUAUAAUAUAUUAUUACACAUUUGAUAUACUCAUCUAGUUAAUCGUAUGCCGACUCAGUCGAGCUCCCGAGUCCCGCGUGUCCCGUCAAAGUUCAAGUGUCUGAUAAAAUCCUCAUUAUCCAGUAAUUUGUGAAAGUGGAUUUUAAUUGACGGAGUGAUGACCUUGGAGUCCCUGAAUCAUAGAACGAUGUGAGAAAAAAGCGAAGAGCAAAUGCCCAGCAAGGCUCGGCCUCGUCGUGAGUGGCCAUCUGAGUCCCUCAUAAAUGUUUUGUGGAUACCCCGCUCCGCCAUGAGGCCGGCCGAGGGCGACACGUCGGACUGCAUCCUGGUGGUCGGCGUGUCACGGCCAAAAUUAGCAGCGGCCUUUCUACUGGUAGCUCUAGUCUCGCUCUUCCUAACCUUCCACAUCCUCUACGACAGCGCCGUGUACAGCCUGGACGCCGCAGCAUCAGUCUUCGAUUCCUCGGGUGAGCUCACCAGCAACCAGCUCGACUCAGUGUUGCCUCCUCACCAGCCACCCUCGUCGUCGUCCUCGUCCUCGUCCUCGUCUUUGUCUUCGCAGCCGUCUCUGAGUCUAGCCCUGUCGUCCAUCAGCAAGGCCCACUUCUCGCGCACUAAUCGUCAUCUGCCGCAAGCAAUAAUCGUCGGCGUACGCAAGUGCGGAACCCGUGCACUACUCGAGAUGUUGUUUCUUCAUCCCCAGAUACAAAAAGCCGCUGGCGAAGUUCACUUCUUCGAUCGCGAUGAUAAUUAUGAAAAAGGUCUCGAGUGGUAUAGAAAAAAAAUGCCCUACUCACUCAAGGGUCAAAUUACUAUUGAAAAAAGUCCUAGUUAUUUUGUUACACCUGAGGUACCAGAGAGGAUAAGAGCGAUGAAUGCGAGUAUAAAAUUGCUGUUGAUAGUGAGAGAGCCAGUGACUCGAGCGAUAUCUGACUACACGCAGCUGCGUACGCGAGUGUCAACGACAUCGACAUCGUCUGCGGUAACGACGGCAUCAACGUCAUCAUUAUCGCGAGUGGGUUCCGGAGCUCCGGGAAGUGUAAGUGUCGUAACAGCGACGACAGUCGACGAAGAUAAUCAACGGGGAACAUCAACUCGGACCUUCGAAGAGCUUGUCUUGCGUCCCGACGGCAGUAUAAACGAGUCUUAUCGACCUAUAACCAUCUCCCUUUAUCACAACUACAUGCACCGAUGGCUUGAGGUAUUUUCACGUGAACAAAUACUCGUUGUUAACGGAGAUCAGCUAAUUGAGGACCCAUUACCGCAGCUGAAACGGAUUGAAAUGUUUCUCGGUCUCGAGUCGCGAAUCGGCAGGCAUAAUUUUUACUUUAAUCACACAAAAGGUUUUUACUGUCUGCGUAACGACACUGCGGAUAAAUGCUUGAGGGAAAGCAAGGGCAGAAAACACCCCCGUGUUAAUCCUCUAGUUGUUUCGAAACUCAGAAAAUUUUUCAAUGAACACAAUCAGCGGUUUUACGAACUCGUCGGCGAGGAUUUGGGCUGGCCGGAGGAAUAACAUUACUCUUUUUUUUUUUUUUACUUUGUUAGUGGCUAGAUUUUUUUAUUUUUGUUUAUCCGUUUACUGGCGCCGGAUCAAAAAUUUUUGCUAGUUGAUUUUAUGAAAAAACUUUUAUUCGGAGCUUUAAAAUAGUCAAUUUUAGAUUUAAUUGUUUUGGUGAAUGGAUCGAAGCCAUUCGACUUUUAAAUAAAAGAGUUAAUGUUUCAUUUUUUUUUUUAUAUUUUUCUACGGGUGUGUGCGUGAUUUUAAAAAUCGAAGAUUGAAAAAAAUCAAUAGGAAAAUUUCUUAGAACCCAAAGUAGACGGAGUCGGUUGUCAAAAUUUUUUGACGUUUAUUUUUUUAAAUCUCCUCUACGUCCGCAAAAUUAGAGUCUGGGGUAAAAUGGGACACUCAAAAUUUCUUAUAAAAAAUUCAAAAAUCUAGUCAGUCAUAGAAAUUAUUCUGUUAUUUUAAAUAUUCCAGCAGGAAAUGACAUUUAAGAUAACAGACUUAAUUAUCGUUACUGUAAUUCAUUCAAUUAUUCACUUAACUUUCUUCACCGUCAGUUAUAAUUCCCUAGCAGACCUGAUUUACCGUAAAUUUACGGUAAUUUUACCGUAAAUCCACCGUAGAAUACCGUAAAAUUCGAGUAGAUUUACUGUAAAUUACGGCAAAACAACCGUACAUUGCGGUAAACCCACCGUAAAUUACGGUAAAUCGGUACUUUACGGUGGAUUACCGUAAAUUACGGCAGGUAUACCGUAAAUUUACCGUCGAAUACGAUAAAUUUACCGUAAAAAAUUCGGGUGGAUUACCGAAAUUUACGGUGGAUUACCGUAUUUCUGUAUUUUACGGUAAAUCCACCGUAAAUUACGGUAAAACCACCGUAAUUUACGGUAAAUCGGUACUUUACGGUGGAUUACCGUAAAUUACGGCGGGUAUACCGUAAAUUUACCGGCGAAUACGAUAAAUCUACC